UGUAACCCUCCCAAGGCACAAGAUGGUCAACAUCAACAUGCUCGUCGUGGUCCUCGUUCUAUGUCUAGCGUCCCUCUCAUUUUCGUCCCAACAUCAAGCUGCCGUGGAUUUCCCAGGGGACCUCUCCCGUUCAAUCUCCGAACAACUGGAUCCUAACAACACGCUUGCCGUUGUAGAAGGCGCAUUCCCGUUUAUAUCUACCAACACGUCAGGUGUUCGUAUUCCUGCUGGGUGGUCUUUCAGUAUUGGCUUCCACCCUUUCCUGUCAGUUGAUGAUGGGUUUUCUGUUCAAUUUGGCGCGGCCAUUCGCUCUGAAGAUGGCACUAUCUCUGAACUUCCUGCCUGGCUUGACUUUUCCAACAACUCCCUCACGUUUUCUGGAAUAGCACCCGUGAAAAGCGGCCCCGAAAAAGUCUUUGAUUAUCAGUCUCCUCGGACUGUGGAUUCACUUCAAAUCCUUGUUUAUUGCUCCUUGCGUUCUGAUGGGGAUGAGCCGGUACAAUCCGCUUCGGGGUCCUUUCUAUUGAUUAUAACCCCGCAUGUGUUGACAGUGGAAAAUAAUAUUGUUGACGUGGUUUCAACUUCGCGAGACCAUGUGGUGAGAAACAUGGAAAAUCUCUUAUUCCCAACAAUGACGAUUGAUGGACAUCCGGCAACUGGUCUAUCGUCCAUUCACGUAGACAUGGAAAUCCAGAACCAGGCUUGGCUAAAUUGGGACAGUGCCACAUUUCUUCUAAGCGGAGUAGUCCCCGAUCGGUUCCUAAACGGAUCAAUGUUCUCGGUCCCUGCUCGACUUUCUUACGGUUCUGCAUCUUACCCGUUUCUGGUGAGGUUUGAAGUGAACCCGUUUCCGUUCACGGCCUUUGAUCAUCCAAACAUCCCCAUUGAGCCACGCACCCCAUUUAAUGCCUCAUUGUCCACAUUCCUACGCGACCCCCUUCAGUAUCAGUACAGUCUACCACAAUCCCUCAAUCCUAGGUGGCUCUCUCUUGAUGUAGAGACGCACUCACUGCUGGGGAUCCCCCCCGACUUCGCACGAGGCUCAUCCAGCACUCCAAUAACUAUAAUAGGGAGAGGCAUAGAUUCUGGUUUAACAUCGACCGUAUCCUUGAAUCUUGUAUGUGAUUUGCACGCAAAAGCGUCCAACUCAUCAAAACACAUUAAGUGGUCAACCAUCAUACCAGUUAUGUUGACGUUCAUCAUAAGCGUCGCAAUAUUCGUUGGAACCAUCGUGAAGCGAUCAGUGUCUAUUAAGCACCCUUCGAUUGUCACCGCGAAGAGCGACAAGCAUUUCUCCUCCACGCGAUCAACACAGCGUCUAUCCGGAACAUCAUCCGACCGUGGUGAAGAUUUAGUGUUUGAUGCUUCUGUUCCUUACGUCGGGGCUGCUCCUGGGGAGCUACUUACCGAGGAAGCGGCAUCUGUUGGAGUGCGUCUUGUCACGGCGCACCAAUCUUCGGAUCGUAGUCUUGACGAUGGUCCAUCUCCACAUCUCGUUUGCGAACCAGUUUCAGCUCAUUCACCGUCAUCUCUUGGUCAAUUCAACGAUAGUCGCUUGACUCAUACGCCAGAUUCUACAUCCAGUUGGGACCGGGAAUCGGAAUGGCUAGAAAACAAGCGGUUUGCCUCGUGGAGCGCAUUUUGGCGCAGAGCCGAUCUCGCUCCUGGUCCGUCAGGCAUCGUAUGACUCGAGAUGGAGAAUCAUGCAUUAACUUUAGAAAACCGUAUAUAUUAUCCAUCACCUACACCUGUUGAUGAUUCGAUUUGUCGAUUUUAG